CCGUAAGCCGGGAGUCAGUAUAACCGACCGCUCACCUUCUCACCGCCAUCGUCAACCCUAUCCUCUUGGUUCUUCUUCUGAUAUGUACAAUGGCUAUGGCACAUCUGGCCCAGAAAUCACUAACAAUCCAUUCGUAACCGAUCCCACCAACUCAGAGCGUCGCUUUCCCGAUAUUUCAGGCGCAGACCCUUCCAACGGCCAGUUCACAUCGUGGCUUCAGCCCGGUGUAAGCUCGUCAUAUCAGCAGCAGCAACCGACGGGCUUCCAGCAGCAGUCGCCGCAAUAUAAUUCGGGAUACAGUUCACCAGGAGGAUAUCUAAGCCCCGUCAGCCCUCAGCAAACCUCUGGUUUUGGUCAGCUAUGGAUGGGCCAGCCUGUGGCAUCAGGCCCCCAAGGAAGCAGCUACGGAUAUUUGCAAGGACAAACGGCUCAAUCACAACCGCAGGCAUACAAUCCAGCACAACAACAGCUCCAGAACAACCCCGGUUAUAUAGCACAGUUUGAUCCUUAUUCAUCUCUCGGUCAAGGAUGGGAUGGCUCUACGACGAAUCCCACUCCCACUCAGCAGCAGCAGCAGCCACCAACGCCGAUAACGUCCAAAUCACCUACAGGCUUUUCACACCCGCGGGAAUACCUGCGGACGCACAAGGCUGAACUCGAGUCGUGGGACACAUAUGCCUGGAAGCAGUUGCUGGGCACGUUCGAUGCAGUCAAGGAUGCAUGGGAGGCAAGGAAGAAGGAGCUGCAGGACAAUAUCGGACAGCUUCAGGUGCAGAUGCAAUAUGGAGGCGGUGGAUAUCACCCUGCGCAGAUACAGCAGGAAAUUAUGCGUCUUCAAGGGUUGGUAAAGGAAGCCGAUUUUAACUUUGGUACGGUUCUAGUUCAUUUUUCACUUCCCGCUGACUGACGUCGAAUUGUAUCACAGAUUCCGUGGCCGCAUCCUCGUU